CAUCAUGAGCAGUGAGUCCCGCCCACGUGCUCAGGUGUGCCUCCCUAGGCCCCAGGGCGGUUGGUGGCGGUUGGCACCAGGCGAUCAGGGCCUCCUUCUCCCGGCCCCUGGGCCGAGCUCCGCUGUUGGGAGGGGAAGGCUAGAUAUAAAGGGGUGGCCCAGCCAUCGCCAGGGGGAGGGAGAGGGGGUUGAGGGCUCGCCCUGCGGGCUAGGCCACCUGACGAUAGAGGUGAGCGCACAGAAGCCAAGAGUCCUGCAAGGGGACAACGCUCCGCAGUCUCCCUACCAGAGGUUAAGUCGGAGGAUGCUGGACAUUUCCGGGGACCGGGGCGUGCUGAAGGACGUCAUCCGAGAGGGUGCAGGGGAGCUGGUGACCCCGGAUGCUGCCGUGCUAGUAAAAUAUUCUGGAUAUCUGGAGCAUAUGGACAAGCCUUUUGCUUCUAAUUGCUUUAGGAAAACUCCCCGGCUGAUGAAACUGGGAGAGGAUAUUACACUCUGGGGCAUGGAGUUGGGCCUUCUGAGCAUGCGGAGAGGAGAGCUGGCCAGGUUUCUGUUCAAACCAACCUAUGCCUAUGGAACACUGGGCUGCCCUCCCUUGAUCCCCCCAAACACUACUGUCCUGUUUGAGAUCGAACUGCUUGACUUCCUGGACUCUGCGGAGUCCGACAAGUUUUGUGCCUUUUCAGCUGAGCAACAAGAUCAGUUUCCACUUCAGAAGGUCUUAAAAGUGGCAGCCACUGAACGGGAGUUUGGCAACUACCUUUUCCGCCAAAAUCGUUUCUAUGAUGCCAAAGUGAGAUAUAAGCAGGCCUUGUUGCUUCUCCGCCGACGAUCAGCAGCCCCUGAAGAGCAGCACCUGGUGGAAGCAGCCAAGCUUCUUGUUCUCCUUAACCUGUCCUUCACAUACCUGAAGUUGGAACGACCUACUACGGCCUUACACUACGGAGAACAAGCUCUGAUCAUCGACCGGAAGAAUGCUAAGGCCCUCUUCCGGUGUGGACAGGCCUGUCUUCUCAUGACUGAGUAUCAGAAGGCCCGAGAUUUUUUAGUCCGAGCUCAGAAGGAACAGCCCUUCAAUCAUGACAUCAAUAAUGAGCUGAAGAAACUGGCCAGCUAUUAUAGGGACUACACAGAUAAAGAGAAAGAGAUGUGUCACCGAAUGUUUGCUCCUUAUGAUAACGGCUCUACAGUAGGAGAGAACUGAAGAGACUGUCCUGUGUUCUUGAUUGGAAGUUCCAGAGCCACGACGUUCAUCAGCUACCGUUUCCCAGAAUCCAUCCAGGACGGGCUGCACAGCAUGGCCUCUGUCCCCCGAUCCCGCCUAGUCUCGUCAGCGUGGAUCCGGGCCCGGCUUGGCUUUCUGGCGCGUGGCCGUGGCCGCACGUGGCACCUCCAGAUUGUGAUUGCUCUGCGUUGGGCAGCUGUGUCCUGUUGCGUUUCUAACUGCUGUGUUUGAUUCCCAGAUUCUUCAACUAAACUACACACGAGAGUGGCCAGGCUGCUGGAGUUCUCCCUCGGUGGGGCUGGGGGCCUUUCUGGAAAGAACUCCCCAGUACAUGCUGUGUUGCAGGGACGUGCUUGGAAGUCGGGGCCGGAAUUCCACAGCCCUUGGCCAUUGCCUCAUCUCUGACUGACGCUGCUGAAAUGUGUUUUCACAGGUGCUGUUUUCUGUUUCACGUUUUCAUACACAGAGUAGGAGAAAGUGUAGCUACUGACAAGUAGAAAAUGCUAUUUUUUUUAAAGGCAGCUUCUUGGGUUUUUUUUUUUUAAAUGUAAUUAGUCCUUGGCUUUUCUCCCAGUCCCAGCCCCCCUUCCGGCUGUUGAUGUC